AAUUUGCCCGAGUUUGUGAACAGUCAACAGAUUUCCACUUUCCAGAUCUAGAACAACAGUUUGCAAUCAUAGAACAGGAGCUUGCACUAGCCAGUGAGUAUCGCCAGCAAAACAAACAUACAGAUGAUGCAGACAAAGCCAGCCUCAAGAGCAGUAGCAGCACAUCUAGUGAGGAGAAAAAUAAUGGCCUGCGAGCAGGAGACUUCUAUUUGACCAAACAUUCCAAUCUGUCUGAGGUCCAUGUUGUGUUUCACCUGGUGGCAGACGAUGGGAAAAAGGCCUCAGAGAGUGUGAAGUCAUCGGACAUUUCUUCUCGUCAUCCUGUUAUACUCAGUAUCAGGAACAUCAUCAAGCUCUGCUUCCGUUACGACAUCAACACCCUGACCAUACCUCUUCUUCUUUCAAAUGAAAUGACGGAGGAGAUGACCAUUCCCUGGUGUCAGAAGAGAGUGGAGCUCAUGUUCAAGUGUGUCAAGGGCUUCAUGAUGGAGAUGGCAGCUUAUGGUGGAUACAAGUCUCGUAACAUUCAGUUCCUUGUCCCUCCAGGGAUAUCUGAGGACAUGUUUUCUGGAAUCAGCUCCAUGCUUCAGACGAUAUUUAGACUGUCUAAUCCUGUUGUGAUAAAGUGAAGCAGACAUUAGAUAGCAGGCCAUUAUUGUCUCCAAAUGACAGAUUCUUGUGAAGAUGGACCACAGAUUGAAUGUUGUCCGUCAGUCUGUUAUGUGCCAUUAUUUAUGAAUUUGUGAAAGGCAUGAAAAAUACUGAGAAAAGGGCUUUGUGUGCAAUAUUAAAUUACAUGUACUGUAAAUCACUUUUUAUUGGCGAGAACUUUAUUUUCGCGUAAUUACGCGAGACGGUAUGCUUGUGAAAAUUUCAUUCUCGCGUAUCAUAGAAUUCUUUACGAUUAUAUAGAGCAAUGACCAUAAUUCGUGAAAAUUUUGUCUCGCUAAUAAAGAGUCAAUGACUACUUAGCGAAAAUAAGGUGUUGCGAAAAUUAAGUGAUCUACAGUAGUUAAACAUGAAAAUGUAUAAAAUAUGAAUGUAAUAAAGAAGAAAUAUACAUGUA